GCAGUAGUAUUCUUUGUGUAUACGAACAGCUGUGAGCCGAGAGCGCAUCGGCAGUCAGCUGUUGCGAUGUGGUUUUGUUGUGGAAGUGGUGCGUGCGUGCGAGUCACAGAGAGAGGGCCAAGUUAAAACGCAAUUUAGAUUACUGUGGAGAUUUUAGGCAUCAAUACGUUAUCAUGAAUUUACUAAAAAGACUUCGUAUUUGUAUUUGAGGACAGUUCAGGUCGCAGUGAGUGCAAUACUAGUGUCUAUUUGAUGGUAAAGGACUGCCUUGCGCCAUUUCCAUCCCUUGGUGCACAGUGACACACAAAAACAAAAAGGCAAAAAUGGACCUCUGUGCAAUUGGACAAGAUCAGUUUGUGAAGCGUCUGAAACAGCUAUAUCCUAUGGUUGAUUUGAAGGAAACACCAUUGCCUACAUGCUGGAGUCAAAAAGAUAAAUUCCAAGAUGUUGGUUUGACUCAAAACAAUCUGAGGGCACACUACAAAGGCAACGGAAAAACAAAUAAAGAUGCUGCAAGUGUACGAGCUAGUCAUCCGAUCCCUCCAGCCUGUGGCCUGUAUUAUUUUGAAGUGAAGAUAGUCAGCAAAGGAAGGGAUGGGUACAUGGGAAUCGGUUUAUCUCAGCAGGGCACCAGUCUCAACAGACUACCAGGCUGGGAGAAAUACUCGUACGGUUACCAUGGUGACGACGGGUACGCGUUCAACUCGACCACCACCGGGCAGCCGUACGGCCCCACGUUCACCACGGGUGAUGUGAUUGGCUGUGGCGUCAACCUGGUGGAGAACACGUGCUUCUACACCAAGAACGGCCACCACCUGGGCAUCGCGUUCACAGACCUGCGGGUGAGACAUAAUUCGGACCUCUACCCGACCGUCGGCCUACAGACGCCCGGAGAGACCAUCGACGCCAACUUUGGCCAGGCGCCGUUCGUGUACGAUAUCGAGGAUAUGAUGCGCGAGCUGCGCGCCCGAGUGCGCACCACCAUACAGAGUCUGCCGGUGCCGGAUGCGCUCAGCUGCUGGCAGGAGACAUUGCACAGGAUGGUACAAACGUACCUGGUGCACCACGGGUACUGCUCCACAGCCGAGGCGUUUGCCAACAGUACGGGUAUUGGCAUCGGCGAGGACCUGGCCUCCAUCAGAAGUCGACAAAAGAUUCAGAUGCUGGUGCUGGCGGGUCGGAUGGGUGAGGCCAUCGAGUUGACACAGCGCCUGUACCCGGGACUGUUGGAGAAGCAGCAGAGCCUGCUGUUCAUGCUGCGCGUCCGGCAGUUCAUCGAAAUGGUCAACGGCACCGAUUCGGAGGUUUCCGAGCAGCGAGCCAUCCAGACGUCGGUAAUCCAGUCGACACGGACACUCACCGAGGCAGAGAUGAACGCCAACAACUCGGCCGGCAGCGGCGGGGAUGAUGGCAGCAGCAGUCACAGCAACGGCUUCUCCAACGGUCACUCGCAGACCGAGCACGACGAGGAAAUGGACGUCGACCGGCCAUCGGAGACCGAAUCCCCGGCGGCAGUCAAGAAGCGCGUGCUAUGUGGCGGCAGCACCUCCGCCCUGGAGAAGGUGCUCAAAUUCGGCCGCGAGCUGCAGCUGUUCUACAUGCGACUGCGGGCCGAACAGGGGGAGAACGACUAUAAUAAGAACCUGCUGCAGGACGCGUUCAGUCUGCUGGCGUACGCCGACCCGUGGUGCAGUCCGGUCAAAUGGCAGCUGGAUCCGGUACAGCGCGAAACCGCCUGCUCACUGCUCAACUCGGCAAUCCUCAACUCUGACAACCUGCCGCGCCGGCCGCCGCUCGAGGUGGCGCUCUCUCACAGCAAGGAGCUGGUGGCACUGAUGGCCCGCUCCGGGCUCGGCGCCUGUGCCUUCGCCGACAUCGACGCGCUCUUCCAGCCAUAAUACGACCUCCAACGCCGACGCGGCGCCUGGCGGAUCACUAGGACGGAAGUGCCGCCGUCCGCCGUCCGCCGAUUGUGAUGAUUGUAUUAUUGUAGACUAGAAUCGGCGACGGCGGAGUCGGCGAGGAUGAGAGGUGAUUGGGAAGAGAGUGGAGUGGUUCGUGAUGGGCGGGUGAGCGGGUAGGGAGGAGGGUCGGGUCAGUGCGCAGUGGUGAUUGAAUAGUGCCGGUGGGCGACCCGCUGAGGGCGUCCGCUUACGAGACUGAGUCGGAGUGGAGACUUUAGUUGGACCGAGGAGUGGAGACUAUCGGGCCGAGCCGGACAGAGUGAGCACUAUCGGACCGGGCCGGACAGGAGUGAGCACUAUCGGACCGAGUCGGGACAGGAGUGGACACUAUCGGACCGAGGCGGACAGGAGUGGACACUAUCGGACCGAGCCGGGACAGGAGUGGACACUAUCGGACCGAGCCGGGACAGGAGUGGACACUAUCGGACCGAGCCGGACAGGAGUGGACGCGGAGCCCGCCUUUCACGAGCGGUACCAACCGUCAGCGGCCGACGGGUGUGCCGAUGGGAGGCGUCAUGACGAGAACGGAUACUGGCGACCGCACGGGCGUUUUGCCGCCGACUAUAGCCGACAAUAUGAACUCUACCGGUGCCGCAGAGCCGGCCAUGUCCAUUGUUUACGUGAGUUUUAGCGUGCUGCGCCGCCGGCGGUCUGCGGAGAGGGCCGGGCGGGCGGACAGCGCCGACUGUGUAUACCAUACCUGCCUCUGAAUGUGUGCGUGCGUGUGCCGAGCGCCCGGCCUAACCGGGCCGCUGUCCGCGUGCUAACGCCCCCCGUUCGCUGAAUACGCGGCGACCGUCUACCUACACAGAAGGCUUGCUCGUACGAUAUGUGGACGUAGCUGUAAAUCAUGAAUAAAUUUUUCACUGGAGAA